AUGCGGAGCUUAUAUACGCAUCCAGUCAUUCUUCGCCCAGGACGAACUACACGUGUGAACAACAUCAGAUUGUCACUCUUGGGCGCGAUUUCACCUCAACUGCCCAUCCUUACGUCAGCAUUCAUUACCGAUGGCACAAGAACAGCAAUGACGAUGAAAGUCCAAGCCAAUGAAUUGACACCACAAACACCGGCGCAACUUCAAUGUGCUUCCAAAGCCGACGCAAUCACAUUUCUCUGCCGUUUCUCUUCAAGAACGUGCACAUGCUCGACAGGACCGUACAAGGCCACUUGCACUUGCCCGGAAGGAAAGAUGUCAAAACAUCUACAACACAACACCUUGCCAUUAAUCAGCAAAAACGUCAUCAUCGAGAAAUAUGACGACACCAUCGCAGCUCGCACACAAGUUGGAUCAGCAAUCAACGUCCAAGUGAAUAUGGAAAACGUUAGAAUCGUCUCAAUACAAAAUCAAGGAAACUGUUCCGUAACGUCUUCUAGCAUCGAAGGAUGUUAUUCAUGCCUCGUUGGAGCCAAAAUUACCGUCGUGUGCUAUUCUACUGAAGAACAAACAACAGCUGACAUCACCUGCAACAAGCAGCACCAAAUUGCCACCUGCACGAAGAGAGGAAAACUAGCCGAACUGACCUUCCACUUCAACUCCCCGAAGGUAUCGACAAGUUGCACCAUCUCUUGCCCCGGAGGACAGUCGAGUUUCCACCUAAGCGGUCUCCUCGACUAUGUCAACGACGCACAACUUCAAAGAGAGAUAGCAGUCAACAGCGAAAUGGCCGUUAACAGGCCAAGUGAUACUUUAGAGAAAAUAGCAGAUUGGUUAUCCUCACUUGUAGACAAAUUCAAUUUCUUCAAUCUGAAAUUCCUGCUAGUCUGUUGUAUCCUUGCUUUGUUUCUGCCUUGUAUUACUUCAAUAACGUCUGCAUUUAGAGAUACCUUUCAUUCAUCAGCCAAGAAGCAAACCUAA